AUGAAGGACUUCCCCGACUUGCCUCAAGUCGCGAACGGCGUUGCGUUAGAUAUAAGGUUCCGGCAUGAUCCGGAGAGCUACGUGAAUAAGGUGGAGGAGUGUGUCGACGAGUCGCUCACGAACGUUUACAACAACGAGCAAGGCUCCACGAUUCGCUUCACUAAGCACAAUCCGGCUCACGACAACUUGCGACAGGAACUCUUCGCGCAGUUGGAUGCAACGCCACCCGCAACACCGCAGACGCUAGAAGAGAAAAUGGCUGCCCCACCUUCGACACGGUCACUGUCCAUCGUAACGGCCGCCGCAGCGGAAGGUGCUUCUGGUCAAGCUACUGCCCCUGCAGAUGAACCGAUGCCAGAGUAA